CUUCUCCAGCCCCGGGACCUUGCAGUGUAGCGCAGGUGUGGCCAAGAACCAACUAGCCAUUUCAUUCAUUCAUAGGCGUGUCCAAGAUCCAUUCUUUAUAGCUUGUGACCACUGAAAUGGCUUCCGCCGAGGAGCUAGCGUCGGACGCGCACGCCUUCCCGCGCGGCGGCGACGACGGCAGCACGAUGUCGGCGGCGCUGUCGCCGCCGGUCGUCGUGUCGGUGCUCGCUUCGCUGCUGGAACGGCACAUCGCCCGCAACGAGAGGGCCUUGGCCGCGAGCCCUAGCACGGCGUCUUGCCACGACGAGGCCGCCGGAGACGACGCGAGGCGAAUCGCGGCGUUCGACGGCGGCACGGUGCUGGACAUGGGCAUGCGGGAGUUCCUCGAGCGGUUCUCCCGCUACGCGCACGUCUCGCCGCAGGUGUACGUGGUGGCGUACGCCUACCUGGACCGGCUCCGCCGCGGCGUCGGCGACGGCCCGGUGGUGCGCGUCGUGUCGACCAACGCGCAGCGGCUGCUCACGGCGGCCAUCCUCGUGGCCUCCAAGUUCGUGGAGGACAGGAACUACAAGAACUCCUACUUCGCGGCGGUCGGCGGGCUCAGCGCAGCGGAGCUGGGCGAGCUGGAGCUGGACUUCCUCUUCCUGAUGCGCUUCAGGCUCAACGUCAGCGUCAGCGUCUUCCGGAGCUACUGCCGGCACCUCGAGCGGGAGGUGGGCCACGGCGGCGGGUACCAGGUCGAGAGGUGCCUCCAGAAGGCCCUCCUCGUCUGCUCCGGGGAGUCGCGGACGCAGCACCGGCAGGCGCCGGCGGCUGCAGCAGCAGCUCAGUAAGAGAAAGGCAGCCAUUGACGCGUGAAUUGUCAGUUGCAAGCGCACCAGCUCAUCGCCGUGUGUAGUGACACGUGUGCCCAGACGGGCUGUACAUAGUUGUGCUACUUACGUUUGCUAAUCUGCCUGUAUGCCUCCAUUGCAAAAGAGCUGAUGCGAGGAUUAGGUUUUUA